GCUGUGCUGCCCUGUGCUAACAACAAGAAACUGUAGGAGAGCAAGCAGACGGGUCUACCUCUCGGUGCACAGACACAACUGUGGAUACAUUUCUAUCCUGGAGCUGACAAACAAAACGUCCUUCUCUCUGAACUUUGGAUUGUCGAUCUAAACAACUUCUUACUUCUACUACUCUUUAUUCCUUUGGAAGGUUCUUUCUCUUUUUGUUCAUCUGCUGUAAUCAGGAUGCUUAGCUCUGUUCCUUUGCUGCAGAUCAUUUCCAGCCUGUUUGUGCUCAGCAGCGCUGCGGUGAUGGCAGACAGUGAGUGCCCAGCUGAGUGCUCUUGCAGCCCCUCGUCCCAGCUGUGCCCGGCGGGCGUCAGCUGGGUGACCGACCACUGUGGCUGCUGUAAAGUUUGUGCUCGGCAGUUCAAUGAGGACUGCAGCGCUACCGAACCUUGCGAUCACAUCAAGGGGCUACAUUGCCAUCUGGGGGCAGGAGGAGACCCUGAGAGGGGACUAUGUCGAGCAGAGGCCCAGGGUUUGCCAUGCGAGUUCGGCGGGCGGGUGUACCAGCAUGGCGAGGACUUCCAACCCAGCUGCCAGCACCAGUGCACCUGUAUGGACAGGGUGGUGGGCUGCAUGCCACUCUGUCCUCGCCAAGUGCCACUGCCCGACUGGCGCUGCUUGCGGCCCCGGCUGACCAGGCCUGAGGACGGGUGCUGCGAGGAAUGGGUGUGUGAUGACAACAAUCACAUCAACGAGGAGCCAGAUGAGCUGACACACACCUCCCUGCCGGACAGCCAGCGCCUUCCCAACCACAUCAGUGCCCUGCUGCAGGCCCAGCCCCAGCCUCGCUACCCAGCUGCCACCGGAAGGGCCACGUUCGUAGAGAUGGUGUCCUACCCCAUGUCUGAGGUGCUACUCAAAUCCAGCUGUUUCCCACAAACUACAGAGUGGACCGAGUGUUCCACCACUUGUGGGAUGGGCAUUUCGAGUCGAGUGACCAAUAACAACCCAGACUGUCAGCUGGUCAGAGAAACUAGACUGUGCCAGAUCAGACAAUGUGAGCUGCAGCUACCUGUAGCUAGCAAGAAGGGGAAGAAGUGUCAGCGAACUGUCCGUCCCCAGAACCCAGUUAGAAUCACGUUUGCCGGAUGCUCGACGACGCAGCGGUAUCGUCCUCGCACCUGUGGUACUUGCAGCGAUGACCGCUGCUGCACACCCACUGUCUCCCGCACUGUGCGGCUCCGCUUCCACUGCUCCGAUGGAGAGGGCUUCUACAGAAACGUCAUGUGGAUCCAGCGCUGCAGCUGCAGUACAAGCUGUGGUAUACACAGCGCUCACUAUACCCCAUCAGUCAGCCUCCACAAUGACAUCCACACCUUCAGGCGCUGAUGUUAAAUCUCCGUGCCCUGGCCUGGCACACUGGGCAAAGACAUUGCACCUCCCUUUCCCUAAACCCACCAUCUCCCUGUCAGCUGGGUGUGCACUUGCCACCCCCCUCCCCAACUCAGCAAUACACUCGCUUGCACUUUAAGCUUCCUGCUGCAAUGACAUCAGUUUGUCCACACUUGAGGUGUGUUGCUUCUGAGGACAGCACGCUGCAGUCUGCUGCUGUGUGACUGUUGGCCCAGAGCUUUUACUGAAACUUCUUUUAUUUAAUUAUAAGUUUGUAUCCUCUCUAUAGAGGGGGAUGUGACGCUUUGUCAUACAGACAGAAGUUUUUUAAGUAACAGAAAACAUUUAUGAGUAGUGAUGGUAAUUAUGGACAUGCAUUUUAAUAAUAGAUGACAUUAAACAUAUUCAUUAGUGACCGUAGGGGCUAUGUGUUCUCUAUUGCCUGCCCUUUGUGAUACAUUGUUUCCUACACAUGUACUGAUUGUGUGUGUGUGUGUGUGUGUGUGUGUGUGUGUGUGUGUGUGUGCGCGUGUGUGUGUGUGUGUGUGUGUGUGUGUGUGUGUGUGUGUGUGUAUGUGUGUGUGAGAAACAGAGAAUGUGCUCAUUAUUUUAAGUGUGUAGAUUAAAGCAUAUGGACUUCACUCUUAGUUGUGGAGUGGUAAAUUCUAGGAUCACCUCAUUUUUCGGGGUGUGAUUUAAUUUUUUAUUUUGUGUGUGUGUCCUUCACAGUGUAUAUAGAAUGCUAUAUUUUAAGGAAUAAAAUGAUGCUAUGUAUUUAA